ACAGCUAAGGAAGAAUAUUUCUCUUGUCUCAUUGACUUCUCAAACCCGAAUCCCCAGCCUGGUCUACUUAAUCUGUUUAGCAAGCGUUCCUGCGAUGUUGCAUAUCAAGGUUUAGAAACUGUGGUGAUACAGUCACUUAUAACUCCUCCUGUUUUCUAAACAGAAUUUACUGAAGCAGGAAGAAGAAAAGCGAAACAUUUUUUACAGAACCAGAAGGCAAGACCACAGACUAAAAUGUAUCCAUUCAGCCUGUUUGUUUUUUUGGUGUUCCCGUAUCAAGCUUGCUUAGCAUGCUCUCCCAUCAAGAAAAUGGACAGGUGUGAAGAUUUGUGGAUGGGAAUUGGAUAUGUGUACCCAUAUGAAACUCCGGCUGGAUCUGAAAUUGAGGUGUACUCAAACAAUGUUAGUGGAGAUUUUAUGACUCCAAUAGCCUACCGUGGCAUGAACAAGCCUUUUGAGGCACAUCUCUCUGAUAAGGUGAUAAAUGUGAACAACAGUGCUGUCAUCCUCUCUGAAUGCCUAAAUCUAACAUUCAAAUAUUUGUAUGUUCUCCAGGGCAAGGUGGAGGAGUGCCAUUUGUAUUACAUUGUUGCAGAGAGGGAGCAUGUGGAUAUGAUAACUAUCAAUCUGACUGACAAUCUGACUGACACCUCGGACAACACAUCAGCUGGUUUUCUGGUUCUGCUGCUGGGCAUUGCUGGUUUCUUAGUGUACAGAUAUGGCAACAUUUCUUGGAGAGACAAACAUCCGGACAACGGAGAACCUGAUGAUCCAGCUGCUGGGGACGCUGAGUCUCUCCGAUCUGCGCUUGUCAUUGGCAGGGACCAGGGGGAUGGGGUGGAAGAGGAGAGGGAGCCACCACACAGUCAGGAGACACAUGUUGAGUCCUCUCUGCUGAAUGGGCAUCUUGUGAACAGCAGACAAGGAGAGAGAGGUGAGCCAAGCGAGAGGUUCGUUCAGCCAAUGGGCCGUGAGGGAACAGAUAAUGAAUUCCCUCAGAAGAGACAUGCUGGAUUUCCUCUGGUGAAUGGAAACCAUAAGGCCAGGGUUAACGAUGAGACAAAGGAAGCGACUCCUGGUGCACAGAGUCCAGGACCUCCUCAGAUGAAUGGAGGACCUCCCAUGUCUGACAGGUUGUAGAACAACCCUGUUGGUCAGCGGAUGAAGAAAACUGCUCUGGUGAACAAGCAGGACCAGGACUGGUCAGCAACGGCAUGAAGCCAGUUGAAAAUAUAUAGCAUAUAAGAUGAAACUAUGUGUAAAUAUAAUAAAAUAUAACAUGAUAUACACUGUAAUAUAGAACAAUAUAAUAUGACAUUAUAUAAUAUCGUAACACUUACUUGAAGCUGCUUCUUGUAUAGUGUUAUAUAUUCUAAUGAAUGCAUUAUUAACAACAUGAAUGAUGCCUUAAUGCAUACAUAGGACAUAACUGUAUAGUCAAAUUAUAAUAUAAUACUGUGCUGGUAAGCUGCUAGUUGUGGGGUUGCCCCCAGCUGUGGUGUCUAUCAUUCAGAGUAUCUACACUCAACUGUGGUUCAAAUCCAUAGUUUUCAGCUUAGUUGUUACCGUAAACUAGCACUUCUUAGAGACAAAGUUAUGGGACAUGCUGUAUAACUACUUACCAUUCUGAAGUGUAACAGUCAGGUUUUUAUGUAACAAUUGUUAAUCCCUUUUUAAAUGUUUAUUUCUAUAUUUGUUUGCUUGAUUAGAUUGAAUUAGUAUGACUAAUGCAUUAUUUUACCCUCCCGUAUAGAGGGAUAUUAUUUUACCCUCCCGUAUAGAGGGACAUUAUUUUACCCUGCCGUAUAGAGGGAUAUUAUUUUACCCUCCCGUAUAGAGGGAUAUUAUUUUACCCUCCCGUAUAGAGGGAUAUUAUUUUACCCUCCCGUAUAGAGGGAUAUUAUUUUACCCUCCCGUAUAGAGGGAUAUUAUUUUACCCUCCCGUAUAGAGGGAUAUUAUUUUACCCUCCCGUAUAGAGGGAUAUUAUUUUACCCUCCCGUAUAGAGGGAUAUUAUUUUACCCUCCCGUAUAGAGGGAUAUUAUUUUACCCUCCCGUAUAGAGAGAUAUUAUUUUACCCUCCCGUAUAGAGGGAUAUUAUUUUACCCUCCCGUAUAGAGGGAUAUUAUUUUACCCUCCCGUAUAGAGGGAUAUUAUUUUACCCUCCCGUAUAGAGGGAUAUUAUUUUACCCUCCCGUAUAGAGGGAUAUUAUUUUACCCUCCCGUAUAGAGGGAUAUUAUUUUACCCUCCCGUAUAGAGGGACAUUAUUUUACCCUCCCGUAUAGAGGGAUAUUAUUUUACCCUCCCGUAUAGAGGGAUAUUAUUUUACCCUCCCGUAUAGAGGGACAUUAUUUUACCCUCCCGUAUAGAGGGAUAUUAUUUUACCCUCUCGUAUAGAGGGACAUUAUUUUACCCUCCCGUAUAGAGGGAUAUUAUUUUACCCUCUCGUAUAGAGGGACAUUAUUUUACCCUCCCGUAUAGAGGGAUAUUAUUUUACCCUCCCGUAUAGAGGGACAUUAUUUUACCCUCCCGUAUAGAGGGAUAUUAUUUUACUCUCCCGUAUAGAGGAUAUUAUUUUACCCUCUCGUAUAGAGGGACAUUAUUUUACCCUCCCGUAUAGAGGAUAUUAUUUUACCCUCCCGUAUAGAGGGAUAUUAUUUUACUCUCCCGUAUAGAGGAUAUUAUUUUACUCUCCCGUAUAGAGGGAUAUUAUUUUACCCUCUCGUAUAGAGGGACAUUAUUUUACCCUCCCGUAUAGAGGAUAUUAUUUUACCCUCCCGUAUAGAGGGACAUUAUUUUACCCUCCCGUAUAGAGGGAUAUUAUUUUACCCUCUCGUAUAGAGGGACAUUAUUUUACCCUCCCGUAUAGAGGGAUAUUAUUUUACCCUCUCGUAUAGAGGGACAUUAUUUUACCCUCCCGUAUAGAGGGAUAUUAUUUUACCCUCUCGUAUAGAGGGACAUUAUUUUACCCUCCCGUAUAGAGGGAUAUUAUUUUGCCCUCCCGUAUAGAGAGAUAUUAUUUUACCCUCCCGUAUAGAGGGACAUUAUUUUACCCUCCCGUAUAGAGGGAUAUUAUUUUGCCCUCCCGUAUAGAGGAAUAUUAUUUUACCCUCCCGUAUAGAGGGAUAUUAUUUUACCCUCCCGUAUAGAGGGACAUUAUUUUACCCUCCCGUAUAGAGGGACAUUAUUUUACCCUCUCGUAUAGAGGGAUAUUAUUUUACCCUCCCGUAUAGAGGGAUAUUAUUUUACCCUCCCGUAUAGAGGGACAUUAUUUUACCCUCCCGUAUAGAGGGAUAUUAUUUUACCCUCCCGUAUAGAGGGAUAUUAUUUUACCCUCCCGUAUAGAGGGAUAUUAUUUUACCCUCCCGUAUAGAGGGAUAUUAUUUUACCCUCUCGUAUAGAGGGAUAUUAUUUUACCCUCCCGUAUAGAGGGACAUUAUUUUACCCUCCCGUAUAGAGGGACAUUAUUUUACCCUCCCGUAUAGAGGGAUAUUAUUUUACCCUCCCGUAUAGAGGGACAUUAUUUUACCCUCCCGUAUAGAGGGACAUUAUUUUACCCUCCCGUAUAGAGGGACAUUAUUUUACCCUCCCGUAUAGAGGGACAUUAUUUUACCCUCCCGUAUAGAGGGACAUUAUUUUACCCUCCCGUAUAGAGGGACAUUAUUUUACCCUCCCGUAUAGAGGGAUAUUAUUUUACCCUCCCGUAU